UGGCUGUCUACUUUGAUUCGAAUUCCUACGCGUUGCCGGUUUAUUUGUGAUCUUUGUGGACUUUCAGUGUGCUAGCCAAGCAAAUGCUUUUUAAUGUGGCUAGUGUGAGUUUUUAAGGCAUAAUUAAAUUGGUUCCAUAAAAUAUCACCAUUCCGUUCAGUCGUACGAUAAAUAGCCGCACUGGGCACCGACUGAUGUGCAUUCGAAGAAUCAACCCUCGCCCUUUUCCACCCCCGAAACACCCACCAAAAACGUAAACAAAGCGCCCUUCAGUUGCGUACUGUUGUUGGUGAUUGUUGGACCCCGAAAGCAGGAAAUACAGAAACGUUUCAAGCUCUUAUCACCUGUGUUGGCCGGUGCGUACACCGAAUGAAACGCACGCCGAUAACAUGAGAUGCGAAAAUUGGGCCGAGGCAGCGUUUACGCAAACCAAAAAACGUUGCUGUGGACGUUCCAGCAACAACGCACACGUCUCCAAGUUGACAGGGAUCGUUACCUCCGGUUUCGGUUGUUAACUAUCAUGUGAUACAUAUCGCGCGUACACAACACGGCACGGCAAAACGUCGAUAUCGGGUUGCAGCGUUUUGGUUUAAUGGUUUAAAAACCGAGAUCCGGGUCUGUGGCGCUCGGGAUUCGGCUCUGGAUGGCGAACUUUAAUCAGAUGCCUAUUGAGAUUUUGGAACAGAUAUUUGACCAUCUAGAUUACCGCUCGCGACGCAACCUGACUCUGGUAUGUCGACGAUGGAACGCAGUGCUUCUGUCGGAUCGGUUCAUUGCCCGCAAUGUAACGCUCGUCCUCAAUGGGUCCCGUAUGUCAUGGCUCCACAAGCACACCUUCCAUCGUGCCUAUCCGAAUCUGACGCUCCAGCUGGACAGCACAAUCGAGGGAGAAGCGUCCAAAGGGCUUCGCCUACUUCCAACGCUCUUUCCCGACCCCUCCACUGUUUGCUUACGGCUGGAUUUCCCUCCCGAACCGGUCUGGGUUGCCUUUUGCCGAGAGCCGUUCGUCAACCUGGCCGCAGUUCAAACGCUUCACCUGACGGGCAGAUGUCGUCUGGCAUCUCGCCGCGUUUUAUGCCUUUGCCUAGAAGAGCUACGGACGCUCCAGCUAGACUACCCCUACGCGAGCGAUCUAAACCUGGUGGCACCCAAACUAUCCCGUCUGCAUCUACACGUGCUGCUGAACGAGCAUAUCGAUUUUCUGCAACGCUUUAUCGACCAGCUCCGCUCACUCACCGUCGUGUUCGACGCGAAGGAAAGCUACAACUUCUACAGCCUGCAGCCGGUCGGGUUGCACGAGCUGGUGAUCGAUCGGCGUGAUAAGGGCAUGACGAAGAUCGAACGGAACGCUAGCAUAGCAUUCUUCAAACGGCUCCACCAACUACGGCGGCUCGAGCUGCGGGUGAAGUUUAUCGACAGCGUGGUACUGCACACGAUCGCGGACAGGCUGGGGCAGCUCCUCCACCUGUCGCUCCAGGUGACCGAGGGUACGAUCGAGCUGAAGCACAUCGCGAACCUGACCCGGCUGGAAACGCUGCGCAUAGUGGCGUGCCGGGUGAAUCUGCAGCACGUGCACUUGCCGGCGCUUCGCUCGUUCGAGCUCGGCUCAGCCGAACUGCCCGGGACGUAUCUCGAAGGCAUCGAGGGACUGAUGGCGUUCCAGCGGCUGCGUUCGCUGACGCUGAUCAAUGUGAAGAUCUACCCGGAGGUGCUGCAGCUAACCCCGACGUACAGUGUGGAGCGGAUGGUUCUCGCCCAUUACCGAAGGAUCGACGAGACUCACCUGCAGAUACUGGUCAAACGAUUUCCGGCCUUGCGCUGGCUGCACAUUAGCCACUGUCACGGGUUGUACAAGCGCGAAAUAGACAAGCUGAAGCGAAUGCUGCCCGAUCUGGCCGUAGCAUUCGAUGAGGUUAAAAGUGAUAGAAUUUAA